AUGCGGAGCCUGGCCCUGGCCUGCCUGGCGGGCGGCGCUUUGGGCGCCGGCGCCCUCUCGCCGGAGCACGCGCUGGGCGCCGCGGCGCUGCGGGUGACGCAGAGCGCCAAGGGCUUCGAGAGGCUGCGGCGCGAGCUGGCGGCGGCCGGCGCCACGACCACGCGGCUGGUGGAAGGCUUGUCGGAGGCGGAGCUGGACCUGCUCAGCGGGAGAGGCCCGGGAAGCGCGCUGGAGCAGCGGUUCUUAGAGCUGCAGCGCCCGGGGCCACGAUCUAAACUGCGGACUUCCCACCCGGCCCCGUCUCGGCUCGAGCAAGCGGUGGGCACCGCGGAAACCGAGUUGACCGGCCGCCGCGUCCUCGAAGUCGCGAAGCUGGGAGGCUCACUCGAAGCCGAAGAUUGUCGAUCCAUGGCGACGGUGCCGGUGAACCCCAAGCCAUUCCUGAACGACCUCACGGGCAAGCUGGUGCUGACCAAGCUGAAGUGGGGCAUGGAGUACAAGGGCCAGCUGAAGCUGCUGACCAUGCGCCUGGCGCUGGCGUUGCUGGUUGUGCGUGCCUUCGGGCAGGAGGUAAAGCCGCGGCGGCCCAUCGUGACCACAGACAUCGUCCAUGGCACCGGGGAGCUUUUGUACGACAUGUACAGCGCAGCCUACAACAAGUUUCUGGUCCACCACGUGGACAAGCACAGCAAGACCGUUCGGGAGGCGAUCGAGCCGAUGCUGCCUGAGGAUCCCAUGGGGCAGAUCUGUAGCAAGGUGGGCCUGGAGAAGCAGGAGCUGCUGAGGCACAUGGACUCGGCCUCUUAUGCGGUGAGCAACGCCUCCGCGCAGGCGGCGGAGCACGGCUCCAGGGUCUACGAGCUGCUGAGCCGAGGCGCUCAUUUCGUAGUGGACGGCUUCGAGAGGCUGCUGCCCACCCACAAGGGCCUCAUCGGGCGCCAGCCCUUGGACCUGCUCAUCUUCUGCCUUUGGGUGGUGGUGGUGCUGUACAUCACCAUGAAGAUUGGAUUGGUCUUCUUCAAGAUCGCGUGGUCGAUCUUCAUCUUCGGCCUGAAGAUGAUGUGCUGCUGCGGCUGCCGGGGAGCCGAAGAAAUCCUCAGAAGGCCUCCCAGCAGCCGUUCGCUCCGGCAAGGCGGCUGCGGGCUUUGCUUCAGAAGAAAGCCGCCGCCCAAAGGCGCCCAACGGCAACGCCAAGAGGUGAACACGGCGGGUGGAUCUGCGAGUCGCAUGACCAACUAG